AUGACGUUCUUCGUCAUUGAUACCACACUGGAGAUGGUCAAUAGGUCAAAUCCCGUUUCAAAAAGAUCAAGCCUUGAGAGAGGAUUAGGCUACUUUCAUGAUCAUACUGCGACUCUAUUGCUUAAGAACAGGAAGAUUGACCGCGUAGGCAUAAUUUGUGCCUCAGAUGCUGGUAACCAUGUCUACAGUGCUGAUGAGGCUUUCACAUAUACGGAUCUUCGUCACUUUUCCACCAUUAUAGAAGAGUCGUGUAAAGUCACAUCAGGGCCACCAGGCAAGCCAAGUCUUGUAGAAGCCGUGACGUUGGGACUCAACCAAUUCAAACCCAAGAUUCAUUUAAAGUACUUGCGUAACUUGGUGAUCAUUUCAAAUGCCGCAGGAUCACAAGAUCUAGAUGAAGUGGACUUGAGCGAGUAUACGAGUUUGAUUAAGGCUUACAACAUCAACGUAAUAUUUGUAGGCAUAGACUUCCUGGCCAACUUUGAGAAGACUCCAGAAAAAGAAAAAAACGAACAAUUCUGGAGAAAGAUUGUAGAGAAGGAAUGGGGUGGCGUAGUUUUGGAUGCGGACGAAGCAAAUGAGUCUUUGGUGUACUCGCUGACGCUCAAGAAAGUUGCUCCCAGAGUAAGCUAUUCAGGCUCAAUAACAUUUGGACUAAGUAGCGAUUCCUUAACCAAUGUAAGCAUAUUGCAAGAUGAUCCUUUAUCGCUUAAAUUAGACGUUCAGACAUUCCCAGCUACCAAGAUUGAGAAAAUAGUCGGUCACACAUAUACGAUAUCCGAGAACCAUGCCGCCAAUACCGUUAAGAGAACAGCAAAUUACUAUUACAAGAAGUAUGAUAACAAUGAAGGAAGAGAUGAAAUGGCUGGAGAACAGGACGAUGAUGACAACAAUGGCAACUAUGUCAAAGUGGAUGUUCAUCCAGGCGAAUUUGUACCAGGCUUCAAAUAUUCGAAUCGGGAUAUCAUUGCUGUAAAUUCCGACCUUGCUGAAAUAGCACAGCUUCGCUCGAAUCCUGGACUCUCCAUUAUCGGCUUCAUUCAGAAAACCAACCUACCUUAUGCAUAUUUCACGGAUGAAUCAAGUUAUGUAAUACCAACAAAGGGAGGCAAAGUGUCAAAUCCAAUUUUGUUCAACUCUUUUGCCAAAGCUUUGCUUGAAUUGAAAGCUGUUGCAUUAGCUCGUUUCGUGUUGGCUGAUGGUAAGGAAAUAAAUCUUUGUGUCUUGAUUCCUCAACUUGUCUCGGUAAAUGGCAGGUUAUCGUACUCGUUUAUACUGGUUAGACUAGCAUUGAAAGAAGACCAGAAGAUCGGUAGAUUUCCCUACUUGACCAAGAAGGCUGAAUCUCAAAUUGAUAAAGAUGAAAUUGAAGCAGAAGACGAAGACGAUGAUGAUGAAGAUGAAGAUGACAAGAAACGAGAAGAGCAAGGCGAUAUACGUCAACGUAAAUUUCCAUCCGAUGAAACUAAUUCCUUGAUGGAUUCUUUUAUUUUAUCGCGAGAUUUGGAUGGUGGUUCCAACAAGCCUACUAUUAAUGUCCUACAUAAUCAGAAAUUAGACUUAGUCGAUAGUCAAUGUGUUUACAUGGGCGACAGGCUAGAUGAUAUGAGCGUAGACGAAAAGCUUAUUCCACGCUCCACUGCUUUGGCGAAGUAUAACAGAAACUUGAAGAAGAUCAUCAUCACAUCGCUCGAGCAUGAUAGUCUUUCCUUAUUCCUCAGUGAAGAGAAGUUUGUGGAAAAGUACUUGGUUGAGAAGAAUCCCAAUGCUGAGAAGAUAUCGAAUCUAUACCACUACGACAAUAUUCUUCGAGGCAACACUGUAGGCACCAAGGGCUGGCUCAAAGGCUUCAAUGUACAUUCGAGCGAUAUUUCCAAGACAUUGAUCGAUGCCCUUGAUGUGAAAUAUCUUGAGAAGGACGAGAAGAAACACAAGCGUCGUAAGUACGAAGGAACUGCAUUCGAACGAUUCUUCCGUAAUGAAGGCGACUCUGCGAACUCCGAUAUGAAGGCUGACUUUGAUGAAUUUUUCGACGUUAAAGACUUAUUGGGUGGGUAGUAUAGAUAGUAAAUAAAGGGUCAAUAUUGGU